AUGGAAGAUACACAACAGCGACUUGGGUCCGGAAUGUAUAGUGUUGCUGGUGGAACUGCAUCUGGGAAAACAACUGUGUGUAACCUCAUAAAUACCCAACUUCGUGAUCAUCGCGUUGUCCUCAUUACCCAAGACUCGUUUUAUUGCUCAUUGAGCGACCAGACGAAGCAAAAACUUAAUGAGUACAAUUUUGAUCAUCCUGAUGCCUUUGAUAUGAAGCUUUUGCUUUCAACAAUGGAAAAAUUGAAAUGUGGACUACCUGUUGCUAUACCAAAUUAUGAUUUCAGCAACCAUAAGAGAAUUGAACCAGCACACCAGGUUCACUCUGCAGAUAUCAUAAUUUUAGAAGGGAUAUUAGUUCUUCAUGACCCAGGUGUCCGUAAUCUAUUGAACAUGAAGAUCUUCGUUGAUGAAGAUUCUGAUGUACGUCUUUCACGAAGGAUGCAACGUCUUGCUAUUGAGCGUGGAAGGAAUGUUGAGAAUGUGCUAGACCAAAUAAAGGGAAUGCAUACUCUUAUCCGUGAUGUUAAGGCAACAAAGCAUGAUUUUGCCUUCUACUCAGAUCGUUUAAUUAGAUUGGUUGUUGAGCAUGGAUUGGGUCACCUUCCUUUUUCUGAAAAGCAGGUGAUAACACCAACAGGAUCUGUAUAUUCAGGUGUUGUUUUCUGUAGUAGGCUGUGUGGAGUUUCAGUAAUUAGAAGUGGAGAAAGCAUGGAGAAUGCAUUAAGAGCAUGUUGUAAAGGAAUCAAGAUUGGUAAAAUCCUUAUUCAUGGACAUGGCACAAAAGGUCGACAGUUAAUCUAUGAGAAGCUACCAAAAGACAUUGCAAGUCGUCAUGUUUUGUUUCUUGAUCCAGUUUUGGCAACAGAUGACGUCACAAGAAACUCUGCAGUGAAAGCAAUCUCUCUACUUCUGAAUAAAGGUGUACCAGAAUCUAACAUUAUAUUUCUAAACUUAGUAGCAGCACCACAAGGAAUAAAUGCGGUCUGUGAGAGAUUUCCACUGCUAAAACUUGUGACAUCAGAGAUUGAUGCAUCACUGAAUGAGAAUUCUCGGGUCAUCCCUGGCUUAGGGGAGUUUGCUGAUCGUUACUUUGCCACUGAUGAUUAG